AUGCCUGGUCACAAGCCUAUGAAGGACAGGCUAACGCUGUUAUUGUGUGCCAAUGCUAGUGGAGGCUGUCUAGAGUAUGACUUAACAGAUGAAUACAGUUUCAUCAAGGUGAAGUUCUUGCCCCCCAAUACUACUCCCUUACUCCAGCCUAUGGACCAACAGGUAAUUGCUAACUUUAAAAAACUGUACACCAAGGCCCUCUUCCGAAAGUGUUUUGAUGUGACAUGUGAUACCCAGUUGACCCUUAGAGAAUUUUGGAAGGAUCACUUUAAUAUCCUCAAUUGUGUUAACAUAAUAGACCAAGCUUGGGGUAACGUCACUUAUAGGACAUUAAAAUCUGCAUGGCGAAAACUUUGGCCUGAGUGUGUACCUGAGAGGGACUUCGAGGGUUUCCAGUAUGAGGCUGGUCCAAGCACUGCUGCUGUUAUUCCUGCUGGUACAUGUACUACUGAAGAAAAUGCUGUCAUGGAGGACAUUCUUUCCAUGGGAAGAAGUAUGGGCAUUGAGGUCAACAGGGAGGACAUCGAUGAGCUUGUGGAAGGCCACUCUUCUGAUUUGACCACAGAAGAGUUAUUGUACCUGCAACAACAGCAACAGCAAGAUUUGGUUCAGGAGCAGGAAUCCUCAGAAGAUGAGGAUGUAAGAGAGGAGGCUUCCAGUGCAGUGAUCAAUGACAUGUGUGCUAAGUGGGGUGAGUUGCAGGCGUUUGUUGAAAAAUACCAUCCUGAUACAGCAGUCAGUAACCGUGCUGUGAUAAUUUUCAAUGACACUGUUAUGGCGCACUUCCGAAAAAUAGUGCAGAAAAGGCAGAAGCAACUGACAAUGGACAGGUUCCUUCUUAAAGAAAAGAGGAAGGCUACUGCCCAGCCAGAUUCACCUCCACGGAAGAGAGAGAGAAGGGAGAAAACCCCUGAAGGCGCGUUACCUAGCGUCAUCAUGGAAGGGGAUUCCCCUUCCAAGGAGUAA